GUUUAAAACAGAGAGUUCACUUCCUUACUGGGAGGUGACCGUUUCAAUAAAGAAUAGAAGGUUAAAGUCCUGCCUCGCAUAGAGGAGGAGGAUUGUUUGACUGCUGAUACUAGUGAUCCGUGCCACUUACUUCCCUGUUACCAGACAAGAUCAGUAUACCGAUCUAAACAAGCCUGAACGCUGCUCUGCGGGACCAUGCAAAAGUGACAGAACCAGAAAAGUUAGAAAACUCAGAAAAGGAUAAAAAAAAAACAAAACAUCAGGCUCUUUCGGAAUUUUGUUUUAAGUUGUUGCUUUUUUUCAAUGCGCCAAUGGCUUUUUUCAUCAUCACGUUCAAGCAAUGCAAAUUACUAGUCCUCCUAUCACUGACACUUCUGGUAUGGCACGGGGGCCAAGGGACAGCUGCACAAUCAGUGUCCCAAGUAACACAAUUCAAAGUAACUCGUACAACAAAUUCAAGUGCGACAUUAUCUUGGGAUGCACCUUCGGACGCAGGGAACUAUACAUAUAAUAUAACGGUGUUAUCCGAUACGGGAACAACUGAAGAACGCACAACAGAUAAAAGUCCAUUUGUGGUGGAGGGACUUACUGCUGGCAUUAACUAUGAAUUCACCAUUACCACCAACUCUUCUGGCAACUUCUCCAGUCCUGUAUCAACAAAUGGAACAACAGAACCCAACAUUGUUUCGGAUUUCAUAGUAAAGGGUCGAACAACCUCUACUGUAUUGUUAUCAUGGAGAGCACCCUCAGACCAAAAUAAAGGAAGCUAUAAAUAUAAAAUAUCCGUGUCACCUGGUGAGGAAAGAAUUAUUAAUACUGGUGAGAACGCCAACAUAACGGAUCUGAAACCUGGAGAUAACUAUACAUUCACCAUCACCACGAUGACACAGAACAACGUAUCCAGCACUGGGAACCCAUCAACACAAACAACUACAAUUCCCUCAGCAGUUAAAAAUUUGACCGUAAUUAACCGGACAACCACCACCGUGGAUCUAUCAUGGAAUGUACCCAACGACACAAACACAGCAACAUAUUCCUACAUAAUCAGUGUGACAGGCGGGAUCUCACCCUCUAACUUCACUACAAGUGUUAAUAGUCAAAAAGUGGAAAAUUUGCACCCCGGAGUAAAUUAUACAUUCACUGUUUAUACUAAAACAGUCAAUGAUGUGUUUUCUGCCUCUCAAUCUGUUGAAGAAACCACAAUUCCCUCAGCAGUUAAUAAUGUGACCGUAAUUAACCGGACAACCACCACAGUGGAUCUAUCAUGGAAUGUACCCAACGACACAAACACAGCAACAUAUUCCUACAUAAUCAGUGUGAUAAACGGGACCUCUUUCUUUAACGUUACUACAAGCCAAAGUGUUAAUAGUCAAAAAGUGGGAAAUUUGGAACCUGGAGUAACGUAUAAAUUCACUGUUUAUACUAAAACAGUCAAUAAUGUGUUGAGUUCUGCCUCUCAACCUGUUGAAGGAACCACAAAUCCCAGCAUUGUUUCGGAUUUCAUAGUAAAGGGUCGAACAACCUCUACUGUGUUAUUAUCAUGGAGAGCACCCACAGACCUGAAUAGAGAAAGCUAUAAAUAUAAAAUAUCCGUGUCACCUGGUAAGGAAACAAUUAUUAAUGCUGGUGACAACGCCACCAUAACCGAUCUGAAACCUGGAGAUAACUAUACAUUCACCAUCACCACGAUGACACAGAACAACGUAUCCAGCACUGGGAACCCAUCAACACAAACAACGACAAUUCCCUCAGCAGUUAAUAAUGUGACCGUAAUGAACCGGACAACCACCACAGUGGAUCUAUCGUGGAAUGUACCGAACAACACAAACACAGCAACAUAUUCCUACGUGAUCAGUGUGAUAAACGGGACCUCUUUCUUUAACGUUACUACAAAGCAAAGUGUUAAUAGUCGAAAAGUGGAAGAAUUGCUACCCGGAGUAAAUUAUACAUUCACUGUUUAUACUAAAACAGUCAAUGAUGUGUUUUCUGCCUCUCAAUCUGUUGAAGGAACCACAAUUCCUUCUGCUGUGACGGACAUAGUACUUGUCAGUCGGACUAAUAGUUCCAUAACCAUCAAAUGGACCCCACCCAAUGAUGUUAGAGUUUCAUUAUAUAAGUAUAAACUAAUUACUACGAAUCAACCAGAGGGAAUGAUUACUACUUUUAACAGUAACUUUACAGCAAACGCACUGGCGCCCGGAAGCCGAUAUACAUUUGAAGUCCGCUCAGAGAUAGAUAAUCUGAAUAGCAAAAGUGCUGCCUUCACAGUUUACUCAGUUCCUAACCAGCCUGUUAACGUCAGUGGGAACCCCGUUAAUACAUCGUCAGUAGACGUCACAUGGGAAGCACCAAAUGAUCCCAAUAAAGACUACUAUCAGUACAAAGUGACGUGGAGCGAAGAAGAUGGAAGUAGUAAAAACACGCAAACUACUAACAAAACGAACAUUUCCAUUCAAAACUUAAAUGCAGGCCAUACGUACUACGUUACAGUGAGCUCUGUGAUCAGUGAUACGUUUAGUGCAAUGGCCCAAAAGUGGCUCCAGACAAACCCAUUAAGUCCAACGGAGCUAACAAUAUCGAACAUUACCAGCACCAGCGUUCUUUUCAAAUGGACUCGUCCUUCAGCUUCCAAUAGUGUCCUCAGUGGCUUUCAGAUCAAAGCUUCUUUUCCAGGAGUGACUCCUAAAGUUGUAAAUUUAUCAGAUUCUUCACUUAAUGAAUUUGAACUGAAAGGUCUGAUCCCUGGGAACUUGUAUGAUUUUGAGCUGCGGAGCUACACGGUCAGUAAGAUCAUGGCCACGUCUUCCAGGAUUCAACGGAGGGAAGUUUCAUCGACUCCUGAGAUAACAACUUACAGUGAUCCCAUCUCCAAAACAGAACGCAUGUUCCCAGAUCCUGUUUCAGCUUUUUCGUGUUCUAAAGUCAGCGGAGGCUACGCGCUGAAAGUGGACAUAACGUGCCCCAAGGGCUUUUUCUCUGAAAUCCAACUUUUGGUUAAUGACAAGCUCCGGAACCAAAUAACAAAUUGUACGUCUUCUGAAACGGUACAAGUAACAAGCUUGCAACCAGCGGUUGGGUACAAGAUUCAAAUAAAAACAUUGGCAGAUGUAAGGGCAACGGAAUCUGACAUCAUUACGUGUAACACCGAUAAUGUGGGGGUUAUUGUUGGAGCUGUAGUUGGAGUUCUGCUGUUCUUGCUUCUUGUUGGACUGAUCGCCUUCUUUAUCCUAAAAAAGAGAAGAACGAAAAGUCCAGAAACGCCGAUAGCCUUCGAUACCGGUCAUAACAGAUAUCACUCUAUAUCUAAAGAAAGGUUUCCAACUUAUUACCAGAUGCAACACGCAGACAGCGACUUUGGAUUUGCUGAGGCGUAUCAGGAGCUCGCCUCUGCUGGUAUAAAGCAGUCCAAAAACGCUGCAGACUUGCCCGAUAACAAAGUGAAGAACCGAUUCACCAACGUCUUGCCAUAUGACCACUCUAGAGUUAAACUGAGCUGCAUUGAUGACAAUCCCUGCACGGAUUACAUUAAUGCCAACUACAUGCCUGGUUAUAAUUCUACUAAAGAAUUCAUAGCCACUCAAGGACCUUUAGACAACACGACUGCAGACUUCUGGAGGAUGAUUUGGGAGCAUCACGUCAGUACCAUUGUAAUGCUGACAAACUGCGUGGAGAACGGCAGAGUAAAAUGUGAGCAUUAUUGGCCCCUGGAUUAUACCCCUUGUACUUAUGGAGACAUUACCGUGACCGUCAGCUCAGAAACAAUCCUGCCGGAAUGGACGAUACGGGACUUUUCACUCAAACAUGCUCACCAAGAUGGUAUUAAUUAUGUGCGCCACUUUCAUUUCACUGCUUGGCCUGACCACGGCGUCCCAGAGAACACAUCAACCAUCAUCCAAUUCCGCGACCUUGUCCGAGAGUACAUGGAUCAGCGAAGAAGCAAAGGACCCACCGUUGUCCACUGCAGCGCUGGUGUAGGCAGGACAGGGACACUCAUUGCGCUGGAUUACUUAAUCCAGCAGAUGGAAAGGGAGCAGCGCAUCGGAGUUUAUGGUUUUGUGGAAAAGAUGAGAAUAAACCGACCCUUAAUGGUACAGACCGAGUCACAAUAUGUAUUUCUGAACAAGUGCAUGUUGAGUUUGAUCCAAGAACCCAUCGAAGAGAACAUCUACGAGAAUCAGAUCACUGACCUCAUAUAUGAAAAUGCCAACGUGGUACGAAAUUUCCAGAGAGAAAACGCCUGACCUGGCAAAACCGAACUUG